GUGUUCACGGGGAUAGGUAUGAUUGGAGGACCAGCACUUGGUGGACUACUUUACACCGCGGGCGGGUUUUUGAUGCCAUUUGCUGUGGUUGGUGGCGCAACAUUCCUCUGUCUUCCUAUCGCCCUAUGCCUUCUUCCACAUCAACAUGAUGCGGAAGAAGAUGACAUGUCCAUCCGUAAGCUGCUCUUCUCUCCACGGUCCAUCGUUAACAGCAUAGUGAUCAUCAUUGGUGCGUCCGUGUGGUCAAUUCUGGACCCGACACUUGAGCCGCACCUCCGAGUGUAUGGUAUGGGUCCAGAGAUGGUUGGUGUGCUGUUCCUCAUCAUGGCGACGCUUUAUUCCGUGACGUCACCGCUCUGGGGCAGACUGGCAGAUCACGUGCCUGACAAUCGUGUAAUUCUCGUCCCCGGCCUAAUCCUGUGUGCAGUAGGGCUUUUACUCGCCGGCCCGUCCCCCUUGCUGGGAUUCGCGCUCAGUUAUAAUCAAACCCCAAAGGGACCAGCGAAAGUGCCUCGAGCAUCGGAAAUUUCGAGUCAAACGGUAAUUGUUACAUUCAGUGGAAUCAGAUCGAUAUGGAUGACCAUUCUGUCCUUGGUGAUUCUCGGGGUCGGUUCCAGCAUGUGUAUAAUUCCGACCUACGACAUCUACAUAGAUAUUGUCGAUGACCUUGGUUACCCAGACAGCACAAGAACGUACGGUAUGGUGUCCGGUCUGUGGGUGUCUAUGUACGCCCUUGGAGACUUCAUUGGUCCAAGUGCUGGCGGGUUUGGGUUUGAACAAAUAGGCUUUGAGUGGCUAAUGACGGUUGUGGCCACCGCCUGUGCGCUUUGUGCACUCCUUGUGUUAGUAACCUGGCUUGUCGAACGAAAAUGUGUCAGGAAGGUCGACAAAAUCACCAUCAUCGAAGUUGAUGACGCCACUGAAAAGACGCCAUUGUUAUCUUCAGCAGAUUCUGAUGAUGUCAUGCGUUCUCAUCCUCCGGGAUCUAUAUUUAAUGGGUCGACAUCGGUUUAG